AUGAGAUUGGAAGAGUCAACACAGGAGCGAAGCAAGGAGCAUGAGUGGGCUACCACUAUGUUCGACGUGUUCGAGUUGCCGACAGUUUGGUCAGCAAGGAAGUCAACCGAUGAAGCAAGGAGGGAUAAUGCGACGUCUACACCAGUCAUGGAUUCACCACAACGAGUGCAUCAAGGUCAAGGGACAUCAGCAUCUCCAGCGCAACAAGCAGUUCAAGGACAACGACUUGCUCCGUCUCCAGUUCAACCAAGAAGGACAACCCGUGUCAGGAAGAACGUCGUCAAGUACGAUCCAUCAGCUCACAUCUAA